GGCUCAACAGUCGUUAGCUGGUAAUCUUUUCGAGCACGUACGGGCACGGAUCAGUUUUUGCGUGAUUCAAGAGAAAAAAGAAUUGAUUCAAAAUAUACAGUAGAAAAAAGCAGAGAACAAAAACAUAAAACAUAAUAACACACAUAACGGUCGAUCUAACGAACGCGUUUUAUUCCCUUAACAGAUAAAUUCGAGCAAAAUGAAGUCGGAUCCGUGGCCGAUGUUGGUCAGCGGUUUGCGUUGCAUAUCCCUCACUGCCCUCCUCUUGCUGCUGUGUGGCGGGCAGCAAACAGCAGCGCAAUCGAAUUACGUGCAACAUGGCGAAAGUGGCAACUACUCCACAAACGGACUGCCCGAGGAGGCCACUCUGGAUGGAAAAGUGACCAAGCUCGAUGACAUUAGCCCCUUGAUCUUUCUGAAUCGCACCAAGGCCGCUCUCAACUGUGCAGCCGGCUCAAUGCAAGUUGAUUUGAAAUUCAACGAUCCGUUCCAUGGCAUCAUCCAAGCGGACUACGAUCGUGGCAGCGCUUGUCGUGUCAGUGGCAAGGGAUCGCUUAACUAUCGCCUCGAGUUGCCCCUGAAAGGAUGCGGCACCAUUCAAAAUCCCACACGCGUGUUCACCAACAACAUCAUUGUACGCUUCCAUGCCAAUCUGGAGAUGGAUGGCGAUGAGAUCAUCACAAUUGUGUGCCGCUACCCGCCGCCGAUUCCCUCACUGCCGCCAGCACUGCCAGCUCCCAUUUUGAAUCCAAUUGCCACAAGCGCGAUCAUACAGCCACCGCUGAAGAGCAUACAGAUCCUCAUGAUCAUCUGUGCCAUCAUGUUCCUCACUCUGUUGCUCCUUGGUCUCGCCGUCUCCUACUAUUGUCUGCGCAGUCGCCCCAUUCCUGUGGUGCGUCGCCUACCCAUGAGCAUGGGCAGUGGCUCCGAGAUCACCAAGCUGAGUGGCAGCAGCGUGGGCAACAUCAGUGCCUUCGAGGGCGUCAAGAUACCGCGUGCCCAUGCCGCACUUCAGGCCGUCUACAGCUCGUCGGGCAGCGAGGGCGCACUGAUCCCAUCGGAUUAUCCCAGUGAAUCGCAUUCUGAGAUCGAGGAGAUUGACACACGUUCAUUGCCCUUCAGUUCGGCGGGCAGCUUCGAGAAUCGUGCCUUUGUCCAGGAGACUUCGAGCAUUUACAGUGAUCAUUAUGCGCCCGCUCAGGAGAUGCCCGCUGCCAAUGCAGUGAUGACAACGGUGCAACAGGAGAUCAUCGCCGGUUCACCCAAAUUCGAUGUGCAGGUGCGUGUCAAGAAAUCACCGAUACCCAACUCACAAUCGCCUGUUACCUCGGACACGGAAAGUGUUGCCACGCUGCGUCCCGACCGCAACAAUCUGUCCACGAUCAUGGAGGCCUACGAGGAUCGCGAGAGUGUGCUGACAAUGGACACACUGCCCACGCACGUUGAGGAGACAAUGCAAUCGCAGUUCACCUAUGUGCCCGAGCUGCAUCCGGCACCGCAACCCCAACCCUUGCCCCAUGUGGCCGAACCCAUGUUCUCGGUGUACACGCGCACACAUCACGAGGUCGUCGACGGACGUCCCGAGACCUGGUCGGAUUACACUGACGGACCAGCGCCCAGCGAGAUAACCGAUCUGUCAUCAGAAGUACCCGACAAUCAUGUGCAUGAGACGUCCACGACAGCCCUGCACUACUAUGAGGAUGAGUAUGUGCCCGUCGAGCCGAUGGUAAUGCCCAAGCCACUGCCAGUGACAUCGCACACCGUGGACGAUGUCUAUUUGCGCACGGUCACCGAGAAGAAGACCAUCGAAGAUAUUGAGAGCCACAAGCGUCGCGUCACCGAGUACAAGAGCAAACCGAAGGCACCAUUGCCGCCACUACCACCAGCUGUCGUUGUGCCCGAUCCCAAGUUCGAUGUGCGUGUGCGUAAAUAUCCCAGCGAAAGAGAGCAACAACAGUGGGAGAACUUCUCGGACAUUUCCAGUGCCUCGGGUCUGACGCUGACACCGAAGAUGGAGCGCUCGGAGUUGAGUCUGGCACCACCCGCUGAGCCACCGGCACAGAUCCAUGACAACAAACUGAAGUUGACCAGUCCCGAGCUGGUGGGCAACAUGAAACCGAUCGAGGUGCCGCCCCAGGAUAAGGAUGUGCCCAACUGGGAUGUGCUCAUACGCAUUCUGGAGGAGCCCGAGAUGUCCGAGAUGGGUGCCGACGACGCCAGUUCGGUGCACAACAUUAGCUACGACGAUCGGGCCAAGUGGAAGGAGAUCAUCACCACGCAGUCCUCAUUGCGCACAAUGCUCACCGAGGCGGUGGUGCGUGAGGACUUUGAGCGCAUUCGCCAGGACACACGUUACGAGCGCAUGUUUGAGCCACAGACCUGGGACGUCAUCAUCCGCAUUCUGGCACCGCCGCGCGACGAUGAUCCCGACGUCGAGCUGCGCACCCCGAAGCGUGGCAAGAAGUCGGCGCCACAGCCGUGGGACACACGCUCGCGCCGCAGUUCGCUGCCCACGCUCUAUGAGUACGACAGCGAUGGCGGCUCGAGUGUGCGCACCAUACGCAACGAUCCUUCGAUGCCGCUGCAUGGCAUGGGACCCGUUGGUGUCGGACCCGGUUCGUUCCACAUGCAACAACAGCGAUCGCAGCGCAGUUCGCGUGCCUCGUAUCAAACGGAUCACAACGACUUCCGCUCCAUGUCCGAGGUGACGGUCGACUUUGGCCGCCCGCAGCCGGAUCAUUUGGAUAACUUUAGCGAUGCCAGCUCAUACUAUCGCAUGCAGUAUGACGACGACGAGGACAGACGCUCCUCGUUCCAUCGCUCGAUCAGUCACCCGUCGUUGGCCCGCUCGGCCAGCGAGUUCACCGAGCACUGGACUGCCCCCGAUGACAUUGAGAUCUCUUCGCCGGAAGGCACGCCCAGGGCUCACCGUGCUCGUCAGCCACUGCAGCUGCUGCCUGGCCAGGCCGGAGAACAACGCAUCGUGGCCCAAUCGCAGAGCGAAUACGUGGAGACACAUCGCAGCAUUUACCAGGCCGAAAAGCAGCUACCACAGCCACCACAAAAGUGGUAGGCGUUCGAUCCUUAAAACGAUUCAAUUUAAUACAAUUUUUCACUAUUCAAAACUAAACAACACACAAGCAAAUGAAAUGCGCUUCGGAGAGGGGUAUAUAUAAUGCAUAACACACACAUGAUAUUAAACAA